CAUAUGGAUCAUUUGCUCCUGAAGACAUUGUAAAAUCUAGGGAUCCUUCUUUUUAUCGUAUGGUCCCAAACGAUGAAAACCAGUACAUGGGAAUUAUCUAUCUGCUUCUACACUUUGGCUGGACAUGGGUGGGCCUUUUCACAGGAGAUGAUGACAGUGGGAAAUAUUUCUUGCAAAGCAUGGAAGCGUUGUUUUCCAAGUAUCAAAUCUGUUCAGCCUUCAUUCAGGUGUUCCCACGCCAAGGCCGUGUCUUGUCCAGUGACGAUAUGGGUACAUUUGGAAAUCUCCACGUAUCUGAUAUGGAUCAGAGGGCCACAGCAUUUAUCAUCUAUGGAGAUACCAUGAAUCUUAUGUGGUUAAUUAACUAUAAUACUCUUCUAGUUUCUGACAACACAUAUUUAGGGAAGGUGUGGAUCAUGACAGCCCAGAUGGAAUUUGCAGUAACGGGCGUGACGAGACGGAUGGAUUUUCAAAUGUUCCAAGGUGCCAUAUCCUUCGCCAUUCAUUCCAAGCAACCUCGGGAAUUUCAGAUGUAUCUUCAGAAGAAAAACCCAUACCAGCCUGAAGGUGAUGGUUUUGCCCAGUUGUUCUGGGAACAGGUUUUUGAAUGUUCAUUUCCAAAUGCUGGAGAAACAUUGGAGCCAGAUGAACUAUGUACUGGGAAGGAGAACCUGGAGAAACCUCCUCGGUCUGUUUUUGAAGUGAAGAUGAGUGGCCACAGCUACAGUGUCUACAAUGCUGUCUAUGCAGUAGCCCAUGCUCUCCACGCAUUGCACUCAUCGAAGAGCAAACACAGAGCAAGAAUGGGGGAGCAAAGAUUCAAGUUUGAGGAUAUGCAAUCUUGGCAGUUACAUGCAUUUCUUCAAGCGAUGUCAUUUAACAAUUCAGCUGGAGAGAACCUGAAUUUCAAUGAAAGAAGAGAAAUUGUUGCUGGAUUUGAUAUAAUGCACAUGAUUUUAUUCCCAAACAACUCCUUUCGUAAAGUCAAAAUUGGGUGGUUAGAACCAGUGGCUUUUGAAGAAGAACAAUUCUUUAUAGAUGAUCAAAUUAUUGAGUGGCCUAGGACCUUUAACCAGGUAUGUCCUAUUUCUGUGUGCAGUGACUCAUGCCCACCAGGAUUUCAGAAACAAAAGAAGGAAGGAAAGAAAUUUUGUUGCUAUGACUGUUUUCCAUGUCCAGAAGGAAAGAUCUCCAACAAAACAGACACGGACGAGUGUAUGCAGUGCCGAGAUGAUCAAUAUCGAAGCCGGAGCAAUGACAGCUGCUUCCCCAAGAUCAUAACAUUUCUUUCCUAUGAAGAACCACUAGGCAUGAGUUUAGUCUCAAUAGUCCUUUGUUUCUCACUGGUCACAGUCUUCGUGUUUAUUACUUUUAUUAAGCACAGUGAUACUGCCAUAGUCAAAGCCAAUAACCGAGAACUCACUUACACUCUCCUUUCCUCCCUCCUCCUUUGCUUCCUCUGUUCUUUCUUCUUCCUUGGCCACCCCCACAAAGUCACUUGCCUCGUUCGCCAUGUUGCUUUUGGGAUUAUCUUUACUGUGGCGGUAUCUUGUGUGUUGGCCAAAACCAUCACUGUGGUUCUUGCUUUCAUGGCCACCAAACCAGGAUCCAAUGUGAGGAGGUGGAUGGGAAAAAGGCUGGCCAACACCAUUGUCCUUUUCUGUUCUCUCAUUCAAGCUGGCAUUUGUACUGUAUGGCUUGCCACUGCUCCUCCAUACCCCAAGUUGGACAUGAAAUCCCUGCCGAGCGACAUAGUAGCAGAAUGCAAUGAAGGCUCUACCUUCAUGUUUUACUUUGUCUUGGGCUACAUGGGACUUCUGUCCAUCAUCAGCUUCAUCGUGGCUUUCCUGGCUAGAAAUCUGCCAGAUGCUUUCAAUGAAGCCAAGUUCAUCACUUUCAGCAUGAUCAUGUUUUGCAGUGUUUGGUUGACUUUUAUCCCAACUUAUUUGAGCACCAAAGGUAAAUACAUGGUAGCUGUGGAGAUCUUCUCCAUUUUGGCCUCAGGGGCUGCAUUGCUGGCCUGUAUCUUUUCUCCAAAAGUUUAUAUUAUCCUGCUGAGACCUGAGCUGAACAAUAAGGAGGGAUUGAUAAGGACAAAGAAUAAACCCAUGUAAUUGCAUCCCAUUUCAUAAUGUCAUUGACAUCAAAUAACUCAGUUUCACAACAAGUACCAUAUUUUUCAGAGUAUAAAACACACUUUUGUUCCUCCUAAAAGAGUUUGAAAAUUUGGGUGCAUCUUAUACAUCCAUGAGGCCAAAAAUGCAAGGCACAGAGGCAGUGAUGGUCUGUGGCAAUCCCUGCAGCCAGGAACAGCUGAUUUUGGGUUAUUCCAGGAGGCCGAUCCACCCACCAAUCAGCUGCUCAUGCUGAAUCAGGCUGCAAUAAUGUGCUGAAGCUGACCUGGCUGUUUGCUAUUUGCUGCAAGGACGUGUCAGAGUUUGUAGCAGCAAUCACAUCCAGAAAGCACACACAAGUAACUCAUUCAUCAGGAUUCAAUAACUUCUUUUUAUAUAUAAUAUAACACAUGAAGUAAAUAUACAAUACCAGAAGCAGGUUUUCCAACGUGGUAGUAAAUACAAGCAAAACACAAGCAGAGGAGAGGAGUUUCAGUUUUAGUUUCAGAGCUCAGCACAUCAGGCAGCUUUAAUACAGAACAGCUGAGCUAAGCCAUGCCCAGGCACCUUGCUAUCUCCUUGUUGUUCACACAGCAAAUACCAUUUCAAUUUCCAAACAGCCCUCAAUUCUCUCACACACUGACAGGACGCUAGCCAGAUGAAUACCGAUGGAUGAUGGUAGGCAGAGGCAGAAUUUUUUUUUCUUAUUUUCCUCCCCAAAACUAAGGUGCAUCUUAUACUCCAGAGCGUCUUAUACUCAGAAAA